AAAGAACCGGCAUACAUGGAUUCUGUUACACGCUGGCAGGUAGGGCCCAAGUCAUCGUCAAUUUCUUAUCUCCUUUUCGGCGCUUCCAGUUCCACUCUGUUUCUGCAGUUGCGGCUGGCUUCGCUAUCGCUUGUUAUCCCCUCCCAAGUCCGUCGCAUCCUCGUCGGCAUUCCGGCAAGCACCAUGACGGGCGUGGCGGUGGCGGUUACCCUCCUCCGCCUUCCUCUCGCCCGCCUGUCCUCCCAUCUCCGUCCCCUCCCUUCCCCUCCCGUCCCGCCCCCUCGCCUCCGUCUCUCCGUCGCCCACCGCCUCAUCUCCUCGCUCCUCGGCCCCGGCCACGGCCUCGCCGUAGCAGUCGUGUCCGAAGCGGUGGCCGAGGUGGAUGAAGAAGAGUUCGAAGCGACGGAAGAGCCGCAGCUGGAGGCGGCGCCCCCGUCCUUCGUGCUCCCGCGGCUGCCGCGACCUAAGCUGGACGUGAAGGAGCGGAAGGAGCUGGCCUCGUACGCGCACGGCCUCGGCAAGAAGCUCAAGUCGCAGCAGGUUGGUAAGGGCGGCGUCACUCCCUCUCUCGUAUCCGCCUUCAGCGACAACCUCGAGUCCAACGAGCUCCUGAAGCUAAAGAUUCACGGGAACUGCCCUGGGGAACUACCUGAUGUGAUAUUACAACUUGAGGAGUCAACUGGAUCCAUUGCUGUUGACCAAAUCGGCCGCUCGGUUAUUCUAUAUAGGCCAAGCUCCAGCAAGAUGAAAAAGAGGGAAGAAGUUGCUAGAAAGAGGGAAGAAUUUGCUAGAAAUAGCACGAGAUUUCUCAAAUCUGAAGGUGGAUUCGAAGAACAUCCCAGAAACAGCACAAGCAGGAGAUUUGUGAAAUCUGGAUCAACAUUUAGGACUCAACAGAAGAGAAGAUCAAUUGCAUCCAAGGGGUCGUCAUACAGCCGAGGAAAUUAAUAUAUGUUUUUGUUCUUAUCUGGAGUAAUCAUCUAAAUUUUAGACUAACUACUCGUAUAAUGGAUAUUAGUGUUAAGUUUCCACCAGUAAACUAUGGAUACACAGGAACGCACCAAGUGGUGGUGAUCCCUUCAAAUAGAAGUUCUGGGUUAGUGACUUAGUGGAUAUUAACAUCAUAUGCCAUAUGGUCUACAUGCUAAUCUGAAGCCUGUAAUGAAAUUUGAUAUAACUAAACUGAUGUGUGCAUCUCACCUAUUCCAGCAAGUUAGGUGAUUCAUCAUAA